AUGGCAAUGAUUGAUGUCUCGCGGCAGAGGAGGUCGCUCCUUGCGGAUGCGACUGUAUUGGAACAUCUGCCAGCAGAAAUACUGGCCAUUAUCCAAGACCAGUCCUCGACGAAACUGCUGGAUGCUGUUGCAGAGGCGGCUCUUUGCCCGCCACUUACAGAGCGUAUCUUUGCGCAUUUCGAGCAUCUUUUCCCAGACAUUUGUGCUCGAUGGAUCCUCAACCCUGGAAAUGGACAACAGCGCAUACGAAUAUACUCAGCGUUAGCUCGAAUUCUACCCUUUGCUCCUUACCUUUCAACAUUUAUUGAAUACGCCUCUUCUACCCCCGAACCAAAGACGAACUCACCCUCUCUCCGACUCCCACCCUUACGGUUAGACCAAAAUGCCAUGGAACAGGAUGGAGAGGUCCUCUUACAGAGCCUCCUUGUGGUUUGGAGGUUAAUCAGUUUCGAUUCGCGCAAUUUUGGUCCAUUGACAUCUGCUGCGUUGAUGCAGACCUUGUUUAAACAUGAGAGCAGAGCUGUGCGUUAUCUUGCGACUCGAAUUUUUAUACAACUCCUCCAUGGUUCCGAUUGGAAGCUUGAAUCUCUUAUCCAGGAACACAUCGGCAAGAGUGAGGCCAUCCUCGCAGACUUCGACGGGCGAUCGAUUGAUUAUGGCUUCCUUUCGCUGUACGAGCAGUCUCGAGUGAAGUCUUUUUUGGCCCUGCGCGAAGAAGUGCAGGCCUCUCACGAGGCCGCAACAGAUGAUCCUCCGCUCACGCAGACCCUCACCCCUUACGUUGUGUGUUAUGGCAACGUUAUUCUGCCCAGACCCCUAGGUCCAACCGGAGAACCCUCAAGCCUUGUCCUCACCCCCACGACUGUCUCAAAUCUAGAGCGAUUGGCGACUAUGCUCCGUGAAUCUGACCCAGUAAUGUUAUAUGGUCUUCCUGGCGUUGGAAAGACGGCCCUUGUUCACGAAAUCGCCAAGCAACUAGGCAUGUAUUCUAACAUGGUCACAUUGCACCUUAAUGAACAGACGGACGCGAAAAUGCUUAUUGGACUAUACUCGACUGAUUCGAAGCCCGGUAGCUUCCAAUGGAGGCCCGGUGUGUUGACAACAGCCGUUAAGGAAGGCCGAUGGGUAUUGGUGGAAGACCUUGAUCGGGCACCUACUGAGGUCUUGAGCACGCUGCUCCCCCUGAUUGAAAGAAAGGAACUACUCAUUCCAAGCCGAGGCGAAAGAAUACGAGCAGCCAGCACUUUCCGGCUUUUUGCAACGGUGCGAACAUCUAGGGGGAUGAAUGGCCGAGAGAAUUUGCCAAGCCUGGUUGGCAUUCGUUUCUGGCAAGCUCUGAGCACACAAGCCCUCGCGGCGUCUGAACUCGAGGAUGUUGUGGCUCAGACGUACCCCAUCUUGCGGAAAUUUAUUCCUAGCAUUCUGGCAGUGUAUGCUCGUUUGUGUCGUCUUGGCUCCACGCCUGGCGCUUUGGCUCGAGGCCGAAAUAUUAUGGAUCGCCAAGUAACAUUGCGAGAUCUGCUCAAAUGGAGCAGACGGUUACGCGAAUGCUUGGUCGUUGCUGGGUCAAAGACGGGAGAAGAGCCAAUUACCAAGACAACGAGCGAUCAGAUGUUCUUGGAAGCUGUUGAUUGCUUUGUUGGAAGUUGCCCUGAUCCUGAAAUUGGCAAACAGCUUAUUAUUGCAAUUGCUGAGGAGAUGCAAAUACCCAAGGAAUUGGCAGAGCACUACUUCACUACACACAUACCCAAUCUGAACGAGAGUGACAACCAGUUCAGCAUUGGGCGUGCUGUGUUACGGAAGAAGAAACAGUCGAACCGAGUUCAGAAAUCCAAACGACCCUUCGCUAGCACAGCGCACGCAAAGAAGCUGUUAGAACAGAUUGCCGUGGCUGUCAAGCUAAAUGAACCUGUGCUACUUGUCGGAGAAACUGGUAUCGGUAAAACAACUGUUGUACAGCAAUUAGCUGAGUCUUUGGGCCAUAAGCUUAUUGCUGUCAACUUGUCCCAGCAGAGUGAAGUCGGCGAUCUUCUGGGUGGCUUCAAGCCAGUCAACACUCGUACGUUGGCGAUGCCUCUGAAGGAAGAGUUUGAAGACCUUUUCUCGGCAACAGGUAUUUCCGCGUCAAAGAAUCAGAAGUAUCUUGAACAAGUUGGCAAGUGUUUUGCCAAGGGGCAGUGGCCAAGGGUGUCAAAGCUGUGGAAAGAAGCUCCCAAAAUGUUCAACAAGAUCGUCAAAGAGCUCGAGAAAGUUCAAACUGAACAAGCAGAGACCAGGAAUGGUGACGAGCAACCGACAAAACGUCGAAAAACCCAGUCAAAGCUCCAGGCCCUGCUCGAUCUACGUCCAAGAUGGGAUAUGUUUGCCCGUAGUCUUGAGCAGUUUGAUGUACAGAUCUCUGGAGGCUCUGGAAGUUUUGCUUUCUCUUUCAUGGAGGGAAAUCUAGUCAAGGCCGUGCGGAACGGUGACUGGGUUCUUCUUGAUGAGAUAAAUCUCGCAUCGCCUGACACGCUUGAGAGUAUUGCCGAUCUCCUGACCGGACCUGACGAAAGACCAUCCAUUUUACUCUCCGAAACUGGCGAGAUUGAGAAAAUUGAAGCACAUCCAAACUUCCGCAUUUUCGGUGCGAUGAAUCCUGCGACCGAUGUUGGAAAACGCGACCUCCCAGUAGGCAUUCGCUCCAGAUUCACUGAAGUCUAUGUUUCGAGUCCCGACAAAGACCUCAAGGAUCUUCUCACAAUCAUCAAGACAUACCUGGGAAGUAGCAACAGCAAGAAUGAUCAAGCGGCAGAUGAUAUUGCCCGUCUAUAUAUCAACACCAAGCGACUGGCUGAGGAGAAACGAUUAGUCGAUGGCGCGAACGAAGUACCUCAUUUCAGUCUUCGAACCCUUACACGAGUUCUCAGCUAUGUGAACACUAUCUCUCCCUACUAUGGUGUUAGAAGGGCUUUGUAUGAGGGGUUCUCAAUGGGCUUCCUUACCCUCCUUGACCGAGAGUCUGAAAAGAUGCUUGUUCCCCUAAUAUCCCACCACCUUUUCGAGAAACAUGGAAACUCCCAGUCUUUACUUUCCCAGGCCCCGAAACACCCAAAUGACGGAAAGCAAUAUGUUCGUUUCAAGAACAAGAACAGAGACAGACAGUACUGGCUGUUCCAGGGCAGCGAAACCCCUAUUGAGCGGGAAGACUAUAUCAUUACCCCUUACGUUGAGCGCAACCUCCUGAACCUUGUCCGAGCCACUUCUACAAGACGUUUCCCCAUUCUGAUUCAAGGCCCUACUUCUGCCGGAAAGACGAGUAUGAUCGAAUACCUCGCAAACUUUACUGGUAACAAGUUCGUGCGAAUCAACAAUCACGAACACACCGAUCUUCAAGAAUACCUGGGCACCUACGUUUCGGGUUCUGAUGGCAAGCUCCGUUUCCAAGAAGGUAUUCUCGUUCAAGCAAUGCGUCAAGGCCACUGGAUCGUACUCGAUGAGCUGAAUUUAGCACCGACUGACGUCCUCGAGGCCCUGAAUCGUCUCCUGGACGACAACCGUGAACUUCUGAUCCCCGAAACACAAGAAAUUGUCAAACCUCACGAUAACUUCAUCUUGUUUGCUACUCAAAAUCCCCCUGGUCUUUACGGUGGAAGAAAGGUACUCUCAAGAGCGUUCCGUAAUCGAUUCUUGGAAUUACACUUUGAUGAUAUUCCGGAAGACGAGUUGGAGUUUAUCCUCCAGCAACGAAGCCGCAACACCUCUCCUCCGGAUUGCCGCAGAAUUGUCAAUGUCUAUAAGGAACUCUCCAGGCUUCGCCAAACCAGUCGAUUAUUCGAGCAGAAGGACAGUUUUGCGACACUUCGUGAUUUGUUCCGCUGGGCAUUGAGAGAGGCUGAUACCCGCGAGGAGAUUGCUGCUCAUGGUUUUAUGCUAUUGGCCGAAAGAGUCCGUAAUGAAGAGGAGCGUAUCGCAGUCAAGGAGGUCAUUGAAAAGGUCUUUAAAGUGAAGAUCAAUCCCCAAGACCUGUAUUCCGCUACAGUGGCCCCUGAACUGAAGGACUUCACCAGCAAACCCAAUGGGCAAGGCGUGGUAUGGACGCAUGCAAUGCGCCGACUCUAUGUUCUUGUCUCUCGGGCGUUGCGCAACAAUGAGCCCGUCCUUCUGGUUGGUGAGACAGGUUGCGGAAAGACAACAGUUGUUCAAUUGCUUGCGGAGGCAUUGAAGAAAGAACUUCAUAUCGUCAACGCUCACCAGAAUACUGAGACUGGUGAUUUGAUUGGUUCACAAAGACCUGUCCGUAAUCGUGGAGCUAUUGUUGAUGCUUUGGAUGUGGAUUUGAAGUGGGUUCUGCAAAGCCUCGGCUUGGAUGUCUCUGGCUCCGUAGACGAUCGCCUUGUUCGAUACAAAGCACUGGAUCUUUCAGUCACCAGCGAUAUUCCUCAGGAGGUUAAAGAACGUAUCGCCGCAAAUGAGACGCGAAGUAAGGCCCUAUUCGAAUGGGCUGACGGAAGCUUGGUUGAGGCCAUGCGAGAAGGCCAUUUCUUCCUUCUGGAUGAAAUUUCCUUGGCCGACGACUCAGUACUGGAGCGUCUGAACUCUGUACUCGAGCCCUCGAGGACACUUCUUUUGGCCGAGAAGGGCAUAGACAACUCUUUUGUUGUCGGAGCAGAUGGCUUCCAGUUCUUCGCUACUAUGAAUCCUGGUGGCGACUUCGGAAAGAAGGAACUGUCGCCCGCGUUGCGAAACCGAUUCACCGAGAUCUGGGUUCCAGCUUUGUCUCAGACCGAGGAUAUCUGUGAGAUUGUUAAAACAAAGCUUCAUGGCGACUCCAAGCAACUGGUUGAAGUUGUGGUCAAGUUCGCUGCUUGGUUUGGCGAUACCUUCAGAUCUAUGGCUUCAGCACCAUUCUCCGUCAGAGAAAUUCUCGUCUGGGUACAAUUUAUAAAUACCUUUCAGUCCGAUGAGCCUAUUGUUUCAUUGGUUCAUGGUGCCUCUACAAUCUUUAUUGAUAGCAUAGGUGCGAACCCUUCUGCUCUUCUAGCCACAGAUCCCAAGUCUCUGGGUCAACAGCGCCAGAAGUGCCUUGACAAGCUAACCGAACUCAUCGGCAAGGAUGUGUCUGGCGUUUACGAGACUCAUCCGGAGCUCUCCAUGGAUAGUAGUUCUCUGACAAUCGGGCACUUCAGCAUACCCCGUUCUUCCGCAGCCGUCGCUGAUCCUGGUUUCGCUUUCCAUGCACCCACCACUCGUCUGAACGCUAUGCGAGUCCUUCGUGCACUGCAAAUGCAGAAACCAAUUCUUCUCGAAGGCAGCCCUGGUGUAGGAAAGACGACUCUGGUUGCCGCUCUUUCUCAGGCAUGUGGGCAGCCAUUGACCAGAAUCAAUCUGUCUGACCAAACUGAUUUGAUGGAUUUGUUUGGUACAGACGUCCCAGUCGAAGGAGCAGAAGCUGGUAAUUUUGCUUGGAGAGACGCGCCGUUUCUGCAGGCUAUGCAGAAGGGCGAAUGGGUACUCUUGGAUGAAAUGAAUCUAGCAUCUCAGUCUGUCCUGGAAGGGCUGAACGCCUGUCUCGAUCAUCGAGGCGAAGUUUACAUCUCCGAGCUAGACCAAGUCUUCAAACGCCAUCCAGACUUCCGCCUAUUUGCAGCCCAAAACCCUCACCAUCAAGGCGGUGGUCGAAAGGGCUUGCCUGCCUCCUUCGUUAAUCGGUUUAUCGUUGUGUACGCUGACGUCUUCUCGGACGAUGAUCUGAACUUGAUCGCAGCACACAACCACCCCAAGAUCUCUCCAUCAGUGAUCAGCCAACUUAUCCAAUUUGUGUCUCAGCUGGAUCACAAGCUUGCAGUUGAGAAGUCAUUCGGAACUCAAGGGAGCCCUUGGGAAUUCAACCUACGCGAUGUGCUUCGCUGGUUAAAACUUCUAGACUCGUCUGAUCCGCUGCUCAAGAACGCCUACGCUGACGACUUCCUCGAUAUUAUUGUGCGACAGCGUUUCAGAACGGAGCGAGAUCGUAAGGAGGUCAACGACCUCUUUACUCUCAUCUCUGGGUCUUUGCCAAGACGACAUAGCUUGUAUCAUGAUAUUAACCCAUUAUUCGGACAAGUCGGUUUGGCAUUACUUGACAGACACCCUCAUUCACAGCCAGAACGACUACCCAAUAUUGAUAUUGUCCCUCGGCUGUCUGAGCUCGAGUCAAUCAUGAUUUGCGUCAAACAGAAUGUUCCCUGUAUCUUGAGCAGUCCGUCAGGCUAUGGUAAAACCGUUCUUCUGGAACAUGUUGCGGCUUUGGCCGGAAAGUCGCUUGUGGUGUUUCCAAUGAACGCUGACGUCGACACGAUGGAUCUUGUCGGUGGCUUCGAGCAGGCGGACCCUCUCCGGGAGGUCAACGCGGCACUCCGGGCCCUUCAGCGGGAUCUUCAGAAUACUGUCAUGUCGGCCGUGCCUGAUGAUAUUCCAAUCGAAGCCCUUCAUCUACUUCAUUUGCUCGAUGGAUUUACUGGCGACGUUGACUCCCUUCCCCGGAUCACCACCUCUGUAAAACACCUACUUGGCAGUGUACCUGCAGACUCUGAGGUGGCAAUUGCAUUAUCGAAGGCGCUUACCCCCCUCCAGCAUUCUUUAGUGCUAGAGAAUCCCCGUUUCGAAUGGUUGGAUGGUGUUAUCGUCAAUGCCCUACAGUUAGGUCAAUGGUUGGUUCUUGAUAACGCGAACAUGUGUAACGCCUCAGUACUGGAUCGAUUGAAUUCUCUCCUCGAACCGAAUGGAUUUUUGAGUAUCAAUGAGCAUUGCGGACCCGGUGGAGAGCCAAGAGUCGUACGCCCUCAUCCAGACUUCAGGAUCUUUUUGACGAUGGACCCACGCUACGGCGAACUCUCUCGCGCCAUGAGAAACCGCGCUGUUGAAAUUCACAUUCACACACCACCACCAUCCCUUGACCGAUCUUACCACCGCGUUGUGAGUGUAGAGAGUAGCCUUCAAAGAUACAACAUCUCCCACCAGAUUUCCGAUACUGUUCUUAACACUGGGGAAUCUGUUGAGGUCAUCGAGCGGGCUCUGGAGACACUCUCAAUUGCUGAUUUGCCUGUUCUGCCUCGGUUUACAGGCACUCUAUCUAACCAUGACACACACAGCAGAGCAUUAAGCUCUGCAGUGACCGAAUUGCUCAGCUUCCUGAACUCAAGUAAUGGGGCUGAUGGUGUCAAUAGGAUUUCUCAUCUAUAUAGCUCUUUGCCCAUUCCUGAGGGACUCAAACCUGCGCAACCAUUGCAUCCUCUCAACAACUUCCCCAUCUCCCAACUUUUAUCUGCACCAGACCAAGCACGAUGGCUUGGUGCAUGCUUGGAGUUUUAUCAUGAACUAUAUCGUCUGCAGAAUUCAAUUGAGGGCCAGCGAUGUCAGGCUCAGGUCAACAAGUUGACUGCUCUCAACCGACUCCAAAGAUCACUGAUAAGUGACCGCGUCGCCGCCGUGUCCAAGGAUGCCACCGUCAAGCUAGCUUCCUUCUUGCUUUUUGCAAUCAACACGGCAAAGGAAUGGCUCGGCUUCAAAUUUGAGUCCCUCGAAAAAUGGACGGAGCGAGUCCGCAUUUUAAGGGGCAUCGUGCGCUAUCUCAAGAGGACCGUGCAGCUUGGUAUUGAAUCCGACUUUGACGAAGCAAAGUUUCAAGCACACCUUGCUCAAGGUGCAAACUUCCUUCAGAAACAUUUGGAUACAUCGAUUGGGUCUCAAGAAACGGAAUUUGUCUCUCUGCUAAUCGAGCGACUGGGCAAAGACUUUACUGCUGGUUUCAAAUUAUCAACUGGUCUAAGCAUGGAGUUGCUUUGGCACAUUUUUAGACCCACUCCUUUGCCUACAAAGAUGAUUCUCGAUCGCACAAUAGAACUCGAGAAACUAGGCUCAAGAUUCGAUUCAUUGCGAUGGAAGGCUGGAGCAUCAAUUGCCGAUCUCACAAAAGCUAUGGCUACGCUGGAAAAGGCUUCUGGAAUUUUCCAUGAGGACGCUCCUAAUGUCGACAGCCUCCUACAGGACCUUGCUACUGAAAUAGAGUCUUUGGAGAGUCGGAUCGGGGUCGACGAGGUUGAACGUAAGCCUUUUAUGAUGGAAGAGUUUGAAGCACUCCGCCAGAUUUCAAUGCUCAAAUCUCUGCCCUCGGGUGACACAGAGCUUCAAGUGUUGUCCAAUAUACCUACACAGGCAGGGAUGAUGUUGGCCAGCUCUAAUCUCCAAGCCGCGCUUCUUCAAUCGGUGGAGAACUUGGUCUACCAGAACAAAUUCUCUUGGGAUGGCAAAUUUGUUUCUUGUCUCUGGGAUAAGCUGCAAAACCUAGGAUCUGUCAAUCUUGGCUCAUUGGCUCUUCUUGAAGCCGAGCUUCCAAUCGCUGGGCGACAGAUCAUGAGACUGAGUGCGGAUGUGGUGGCAAACCCCCUGAAACGGCUCAACAAUGUUCUGUCUCAGCUUGUCCUCGAAGUAUUCAGUGCCCAUGAUCAGAGUCUCAAGGAUGCUGUUAUUGAGGCCGCCCAGCUGGCUUCCCAAGACCUUGCCCGCAGCUCUCGUGCUUUCGAUGAUCUGGCAGCCCGGAUCGAGACAAACCACUUCCGCGAAAUUGCAGUCGAGCAUCUUAUCCCGGCUCUUAAGGCUCUUACAACUCUACGAUACGAUAUUCAACAAGAGGCCCAACUCUCAGCCUUUGCAUGGAUUCAUUUCAGCAUCGGAACCGUCAAGCUGUACGUUCCGGAUCGCGUUUUUGAUCCGCAAAGUCGACCCAAGAUGGAGCGCGAAUUCCUUCAAGAGAUGCAUACUGCCGUCGAUGUGGAAGCCGACUCGCUGAGGGCAUUCGAGAAGCAUUUCACUGGACAAGACACGAAUGAACGCAUUCGAUUGCUCGAAGCAGAGUCUGCGGCCUUGGGCCCCCUUCCUGAAGAGGUCCGCCCUAUCUACAGACCAGAUCAAUCAGAGCUGAACCGCAUCCACGCUGAAUUCUCAAACGUUCUAAAAACAGUCACAGGUCCUACAUUGUCCGCGGCACUUCAAAUUCUCGACAAGGAUCCGGCCCGAGCAACCGAGGAGUUGCAGCUUGUCAAGGAAAAUGUCCUCAGACUCUUGGAUCGACUUUCUGCUCGUUUUGAGGCAUAUCAAGACAUGACUCGGCCUACGUCAAACCUGCUUCGUUGUCUCAUGAUAGGGCUCUCCCUUUGUGACGCUGCUUCAGCCCGUAGCUUGGCACCUGCUUCUUACCAGCUUCUCGAAGUUACUCCUUUCCUUGGUGGUAGCAUGUGGAAUCAACUGGAUGGACAAUUUUCGUCCAGAACAUUUGAGUUUCUCAACUACAUGUCAGUGGUUGCAAGCAUUGAAGGCAUCGGCAAUAUUGAACAACAAGCCCGCGAGAUGGUGUUCAGGAGUUUCCACAAUCUGUUUGACGAAUGGACUAAGCGACUUGAAGCAGACCGCAAAGAACAAACCGCCAAGGGGAGCCUGUAUCGCUUUCGAGGUUCUCUGGAAGAUGAGGAGCAAGUUGAUGCUCAGGAGUUCAAUGAAUUGUUUCCGACUUUCGACGAAGACGAAGCCGCAAAUGUCCCACCCAACAAGAAGCCGGAUGAAGUCCGGGAUCAGUCGCUUCGAGUGGCUGAAAUUCACAAGAGCCUCUUCCUCAACCCGCCGCAAUUUGCUACGGCUUUGAAGGAUGCCUAUAAAUCUGUGGGAGACAGGAUUACCUCAGAGACCAUCGACCACAAGAACAUUGAUCGUAGUCUGACAAGUAAGAUGUUGGCCGGAACCAUGUUCUACCUGAAUGACAAGCUUGAUUCUCUUGUAUCACCCACCGUGGACAAAUCUUACAACUUCUACACAGAUGCCAACGUUCCUGAAGCCCGCCAGCUCGUUGUGCUCAUACACAAAAUAAAGUCUCGGUUCCGGGAGCUGCAAAUGGUCGACGAAAUCGGACAUAUGCAGCCCUUGGCUGAUGUCAUUCAUGCUUGCGAACAGGUCCUCGAACUUGUUCAUACGGAACCUUUGGCCAAGAUUCUUCCCAAGGUUGAAUACCUCCACAGCCACGUAUACGAAUGGCAAUUCGGCGGCUGGGCUAGUAAAAUAUAUGGUGUUCUCACUCUUCAUAACCUGCUUACGGAUACGGUCAUCCGCUGGCGACGAUUGGAACUCUCGACUUGGGCCAAUCUCUUUGAUAUGGAACAGAAGAAGUGUCAAGAUGAUGCUUACUCUUGGUGGUUCGUUGCUUAUCAAGUUGUUAUCGCUGUGCCUCUGUCUUUGGUCGAGGUUACCGACGAAUUGGAGGAAUAUGCUUCUUCUCUCAUCUCAAGUCUGGAGAUGUACUUCUCGACAGCAAUAGUUGGUCAGUAUGGAGCUCGUCUGGCACUGCUGCGUCAACUUCACAGCCAUCUCCAGCUAUUGACCGAAGACUACCCAGUACUUCAACUUAUUUUGCAUGCGCUGUCCAACUUCAUCCAGUACUAUUCCCGCUACGAGAAGAUUAUGGAUGAAACUAUCUGCAAAGGACGCCUUCCCAUUGAGAAGAAGAUGAAGGACGUACUGCUAAUGGCAAGCUGGAAAGACACAAAUAUCAAUGCACUCCGGGAAAGUGCUCGCAAGUCUCACCAGAAACUUUUCCGAAUCAUCAGAAAGUUCCGCGGUGUCCUUGGUCAGGAAGCAAAACAAAUUAUUGAACAAGGUUUACCUGAUCAAGACGUCCACCACGCAAAUUGUGUAGGAGAUAAAUCUCCUAUUAUGAGUGUUUCUGCGGACGUGUUUUCUAAGCUUAACAACGCUCUGCCAGGGUGGACCGAUGGCCACAAGCGCCUUGCCAACGUCUCUAAAACUGUUUCGGUCAUGCGAAAGAUCUCAGACAAUCCAGAGAUGACAAGCCAGGUACCUCAAAUUGUUGAUGACUACGUCUCUAGUCUGAGCGACUCAAUGGCGGAGCUUCGCAAAGAGACACCGCCGUUUUUGACUGAUGAGAACAAGGACCAAGUCAAACAUUUGAAGACAAGAAAAAGGAAACUGUUUGCAGAUACCUUGCGCGAUCUCCGGCAAAUGGGGUUCAAGCACAACCUAGGACAAGACAAGCUUGCGGAGCAGGCAUCACUUUCAGUUGUGCUGUCGUCAAUACAGCCCGUGAAACUUCCUUCCGACAAUUCUACCGAAGCCAUGGACUAUUACUUGCACAAGAUUCUUGAUCUAAUCCCCAAGGUCAGGGCUGCUUCUCGAGACCAUUCUGAGGAUCUUACCAGUGCCGAGGUUGCGCGAAGUGCUGGAUUUGUUGAAGGAAUGCUCAACCUUUUACUGACUCAGAGACAUUCGAUCACAUCUGGUGCCUCCUCCUUAUCACUUCUCGAACAAUCCAUAAAACAAUUCAGCCACCUUGGGCUUUCUCAAGAGCAUGGACUUCUCAUUCGUAAGACAGCAAUCUCUGACUGGAAACGUCUUAACUCUUGGCUUGUUCAGAUUCUUCAGCAUGCCAUUCAUUUGGUUGAAAUCCAUGAGAAGCUGGGUGGGAUGAAGCACACGGCGGCGAUAGAGCAGCUGAAGUCGUGGCAUGGACGACUCGCGUCUCUUCAUUCUCUAUAUCCUGGGAUCAGUCAGCUUCCAGACGGUGUGUCUUCCGAAGCAGCUGCUCGUGCUGAGGCGAAUUUCUCGAGUGAACUGGCUAGUUUCCGCGACGACCUCGAAGAGCUGAAUGCGGAACAGCCGGAACUCUCCUUCAUUCUUGUCCAAAUUGUUGGCUGGACCAAGAUUACAAGAGAAGCCACACCUAGCCUUACAUCUGACAUGGAAAUCACCACUUUUGCAAAUGCUGUCUCGACACUUUGCGACAAAAUCCUGGUCGCAAUUGAGAGCGUGAAGAAAGCCGCAAAGGGAACUGAUUAUAGAGAGGACGAACCUGCUUGGCUCACCGGUCACGUCAACGGCUUCGUAAAUCUCUUUACAAAACUCCGUACUGCCGAGAUCGAAAGGAGUGUGGCCAGCUGUAUCAAGAUGUUGAAGCAGAUUCAUCUCGAAGAACCGAAUCUCAGCCAAGCGGCCAUGAGUCUCAUGACGAUCGCAUGUCCUGUCCUGAAUGAGUAUGUUGAUCUCGCUCAGCAGACCUUGAUGCAAGUUGUCGACAUCCACAGCGCCAUAGCACAUAUGUCCUAUAACAUGACCAAGACGUUCACACAAAUUUCGUCUCAAGGGUUCUGUACACCACAAGAAAAGUCUGAUGAAACUUCUGGCGAAUCUGGUAAAGUGGAGUCAGGAACUGGUCUUGGUGACGGUGAAGGGGCCGAAGACAUCAGCAAGGACAUUCAGCCCGAUGAGGACUUGUCCGAGCUUGCCCAAGAAGCCAGCAAGGAGGAGAAUGGCGAAAUGGAAGAUGAAAAGGACGCGGUGGAUAUGGCUGAUGAAGAGCUUGAAGGUGACAUGGGCAGUGUCGAUGGGGCCGACGAUGAUGAUGAGGGGUCGAAGAAUGGAGAGGAGGAGGAGGAGGAGAACGAUAUGGAUGAAGAAGCUGGAGAGGUCGAUGACCUAGAUCCCACUGCCGUUGAUGAGAAGAUGUGGGAUGGAGAGGACGAAGAAAAGGCCGAUAAAGACCAGCAGGGUGAAAAGGCCAAAGGCCAGAAGAAGGACGACGAGCAAAUGGCAGCAGAUGAAGAUGCGAAGAAACAAGAGGGCGAGGAGCAGCCAGAUGUUGACGACUCUGGUGAACAAGACGCAGAGGAAGAGGACGCUGGCGCCGAAGAAGAAGACGUCAAAACCCAGGAGGAAAUGAAUAAGCAAGAUCAAACCGCCCAAGAGAAUGAUACACUGGCGCUUCCUGAGGAUAUGGAGUUGGAUCUCGAUGACGAUCAUGAGUCGGCGUCAGAUAGCGAUGACUUGGAUGGUCUUUCGGAUAUCGAAGAAGAGAAGAAGGAGGGAGAGGAUCAGGAGAUGAGUAAAGAAGAGGAAGAUGGAUCAGAUGACGCUGCGGCCCAAGCCCAGCUUCAAGAAGAGACCGGAGAAGAGACCGAAAUACGGGAAGACGAAGACAUGCCAGAAGAAAAGGCCGGUGGCAGGGAUGAAGUCGACGAGGAGGCCAAACCUGAGGAAGACGAAGAGGACAAGGAUCAGGAAGAUGCUACAGAUCAGAAUCAAUCGCCUCAAGAUAACGCUACCGCUGAUACCGACAACGCUGCACCAAGCGAUGUCAAGAGUUCUGGCCAGGAUCAGAAUGCUGACUCGAUGGAUGUCGACGAUAACUUCCAAAGCAACGCUGCCCAGCAGGAGGAUGGAGAGAUGGGAGAGGGAGCUGCGGAUCAGGACACAAGCGCAGGGAACAAGGGGUCAACCUCGCAAUCAAAGGAGAUUAUGGAUAGGGCCGAACAGGAACAGGAAAGGGCGGAUUCGGCACGCAGUGAUCCUUUCAAGAAGCUCGGCGAUGCCCUUGAACGCUGGCAUCGACAACAGGAAGACAUCAAGGACGCUGAGUCUUCAGACACUAAUGAACAAAACGCACCACAAGACCCGAGCGCCGAUCAGGGCCGUAAGGAAUUCCAGCAUUUACAGGACGAUGAGACUGCUACAGACACCCAGGCCAUGGGAACUGCUGAUGAUGAGCAAGUACAGCCCAUCGACGAGUCCAUGGCUAUCGAUGAGGAGAGGCAAGAUCCUACAAGCCGCCUUAUGGACGAUGAUAAAGUAGAGACCGAGCAGGAUCCCGAUAAGAUGGACAUAGCUGAUUCAGGAGAGGCGCCGGAUGCCAGUAAGCAAAAUGCAGAUAAUGACCAGGACGAAACGCGCUCGGGGGUCAAGACACGCCAAGGCAACUAUGACCGUGAGCUCAGUCCUUCGGAUCAGGAGGCGCAAUUGGAUGAACAAGAAGAUGAGGCCGAGAUUCAGGAGACAUCGACUCAGCUCUCUUCAACUCACAUCUCGGAUGAAGAACGGCCACUACGAGAUCUCGGCGAGUCGAUGCAACAGUGGGCUGAAUUCCAGACCAAAACACAUUCACUCUCUUUGGCUUUGACAUCCCAACUCCGGCUUAUCCUUACCCCUUCACAAUCGACCAAACUCUCGGGAGCUUUCCGUACCGGAAAACGACUCAACAUCAAACGCAUAAUCCCUUACAUUGCAUCGAGCUACAAGCGGGAUAAGAUCUGGAUGCGACGCAGCAUCCCGACCAAACGUACCUACCAGAUACUGCUUUGUGUGGAUGAUAGUAAGAGUAUGGGCGAAACAUCAUCAGGCACUCUUGCCAUGGAGUCUCUCGUCAUGGUAUCACGAUCUCUUACCAUGCUGGAAGCUGGCCAGGUUGGCGUCAUGGGCUUUGGAAGUGAUGUUUUCACAGCCCAUGGCUUAACAGAGCCCUUUGCUGCAGAUGCUGGAGCUAAGGUGUUGCAGAAGUUCAACUUUUCUCAAGAUCGUACCGAUAUUGCACUUCUCAUCCAACGGACCAUCGAAACGUUCAGACUUGCACGACAAAAGGGCAGCGGCAAUUCAGAUCUCUGGCAAUUGGCACUGAUUCUCUCUGACGGCCUUACGCCUUCAUCAGCCCACGAGGGCAUCCGACGAAUGCUGCGGGAGGCGAUGGAGGAGCGCAUCAUGAUUGUGUUUAUCAUCAUGGAUGAUACGGGCAAGAAGAAGGGCGACAGCGUACUUGAGCUGAAGGAGGCCAAGUUUGUUCGGGAAGGCGGAGAAAGCAAGGUCGUCAUCGAAAGAUAUCUGGACACGUUCCCAUUCCAGUACUACCUAAUCGUCCAUCAUCUUGAAGAGUUGCCAAGCGCCCUGGCUGGUCUCUUACGAACCUGGUUCGCUGAAGUCAACGCCUAG